CUCGAAUGAUGAUUUCUCAGAUUAGUGGUGGAAAAACUUCUUUCUCAGUGUAUAUACGAGUCCCCACAAGCCAACCUACAAAAGUUCAUGUUUGUGUUUAUGGUUGUUCCCAUGACGACCCAUUUACAAUCAAUUGUUACCACGUAAUCCUUCCCCCUCCAGAUGACCAGUGGGUAUAUUCCUGGGUCGAUUUGACUGAUAAGCUGAUGAACUUGGUGACCAAUGGUCAGUUCCUCGGUGGUGGCUCCUUCGGCAACUUCAACUCCAGACAUCAAAACCAAUCUGACAAGCGAUCGUCGCUGAUUUCGUCUUGGGCAAAUUAGCCAUGAAGCGAGAAGCUGACGGUGACAUGGGUUCCCCGCAAAAACGUUCACGCAGAGGAGAUGAAGAAGUUCGUUUGCUUAUUCCGAGUAAGGUUGCAGGGUCCAUCAUUGGUAAGGGAGGAUCCAAUAUCACGAAGCUGAGGAGUCAGUACAAAGCCUCCAUUACAGUCCCUGAUUGUCCGGGCCCUGAACGGCUAUUAACGUUGUCUUCCGACAUGGAUUCUGUCUGCAACAUCAUCAGCGAUGUCGUGCCAAAUUUGGAAGAGAACGGCGCUAGCAUCAACGGAAAUGAAUUGGAUUUGCGUAUGAUGAUUCAUCAAAGCCAAGCUGGAUGCGUUAUUGGAAAGGGUGGACAGAAAAUCAAGGAAAUCAGAGACAAAACUGGCGCUCGAAUCAAGAUCUUCUCCAAUCUGGCACCGCAAAGUUCUGACCGUGUCAUCCAAAUUACAGGGGAAGCUUCAAAGUGCAUCGAUACCAUAAGGGAGGUUCUGACCCUAAUCAAACAGACUCCCAUCAAGGGCACCAUCAACCCAUACGACCCGCACAACUACGACGAGCAGUACUCGGAGGAGUACGGCGGCUGGGGGGCGGAGAACGGCGGUCAAUCCGGCGGCGGUGGCGGGGGCGGCCAUCAACGUCGCGGCGGCCACGACGGCCCUCGCGGGGGACCGCCCGGCAGGGGCGGGUCGAGGGACGGGCCUUCGGGAGGCAGCAGGUUCGGGAGCGGCGGAGGAGGAGGAGGUAGGGGAGGCGGCAUGGGUCGCGGCGGCGGUAGAGAUGCGUUCGGAGGUGGCGGCGGUAGAGAUGGUUUCCCCAGCCGCCUAUCGGGCGGUACCCGCGGCGGAGGCGGCGGCAGCGGCGGUUUCGGCAGCCGCGACAGUUUCAGCAGUGGUGGCGGCGGCGGCAGAGACAACUACGGCAGCGGCGGCAGAGACAACUUUGGUAGUGGCCGCGAUAACUUCGGAGGCGGUCGGGACUCCUUCGGGAGCGGCGGUGGGGCGAGAGACAGCUUCGGCAGCUCGUCCGGAGGCGGUUUCGGAGGUGGGGGGUCGAGCGGCGGGUCUUUCGGCGCCGGCAGGGGGCUUGGAGGAGGUAGCGGCGGCGGCGCUUUCGAGAGGAACGGCUGGAGCGGAGGCGGCGGCGGCGGGGGUGGCUCCUCCAACCAGUUCGCCUCUCCGCCGCCCAACAUCCUGCCGGGCGGUCUCGGCCUCGGCCAGUCGAGCGGCUCGCUAGGAGGCGGUCUGGGAGGCGGCCUGGGAGGAGGUCUGGGAGGCGGUCUGGGUGGCGGCGGCGGCGGCUUAGGAGGCGGCGGCAGAUCGGACAGCGCCGGCAAGACCACCACGCAAGUCACCAUACCCAAAGAUCUCGCUGGUGCUAUCAUCGGUAAGGGAGGCGGCAGAAUAAGGAAGAUCCGCAUGGAUUCCGGGGCGAACAUCACCAUUGACGAACCGCUUCCCGGAUCCAACGAUCGCAUCAUCACCAUCGGUGGUACGCCGAAUCAGAUACAGAUGGCGCAGUAUCUGUUGCAGCAAAGUGUACACAACAAUACUGAGCGCAAUAACUUCUAGAAAUGAAGAGUUAUGUAGGCCUAUGAAGAAAAUUAGAACCCACCAGACAUCUGUGUAGAUUGGUAUAGUGGAAUAUUUUUUAUCCAUCAAACAUGUAUUUUUAUAGCUGGAAUCGGCAUAUUAUUUUUUAACAUUCCAUACUGAUUUCUUUUUCAUUGGCAUUAAAAAUCGAAAUUCGGCUCUCAACUGUCGAGUUUGCAGAAUCUUCCAAUAGGCAUCACUUUUAAUUUUUAUUCAAUGAACUUUUACAUUAUACUGUUGUAUGUAUUGUAUGGAAUAUAAUUAGGAUAUUGGGUUCUUUAGAACCUCGUAGAUUUUCUUCACAAUUCUUUUUCUGUUAAAAUUCAGAAUUGUUUCGACGUAAGACGUAAGCUAACAAUAAAUUCUGGGACGCUCAGUAUAUAACUUGAUGUAUAGUACUAACAACCUUGUACUGUCAGAAUAUCUUCUGCCAUAGAACAGUCCAGUACAAAUUAUAAUCUUAGUUCUCUGGUCCAAUCCCAAAUAUCAAUGAGUUGUACAUUUCUGUUAGGUUGAAAAAUUUGCGGACUAAAAUUAUAUCAGAAAUUUCUUCCCGUGAAAGUAAAAUGAUUUCAAUUAUUGGAUGUUUUGAUAGUUUAGUUCAGAUUCAAAUUCUUCCUAACAGACCUUUGUAAUGUCGUAAAAUGUAAUGACUUGAAUGUUUAUGUAAGAAUAAUAUGUAAUGAAAAUGAAUAAUAAAGUAUUUCACUAC